ACAUAACCUAAAAUUAAAGAACAAAAUGAUUAUAAAACAUUUAUUAACAAAAUUCAUAAAUAAUCGUUACAUUUUUAAAUAUCAAAAAUGUUUAACAAAUUAUCAUAUAUUUAGAACAUACAGCAAUCCUCCUUACGAAUUAAAUUUAAACAUAAAUGGGGUUUCGUUAAAUAAAUAUCUCUCCAAUUUAGUUCGAGAGUAUGAGAAAUUGGAUCAAACGACUCCUACAAAACGAUUAAUCGAAAUUCAACCAGUUAUUUCGUUACUAAAUAAUCGUGAAGAAUUAGUAAAGGAUAUGCAUCAACUAGGCGAUUUAUUAAACGAAUCCGAUAAAGGUUUAAAAGAACUCGCAUUGGAAGAAAAAAAGGUAAUUGAAGAUAAAAUUGCAUCACUCGAUAAGGAAUUAGAAGAGGUUGUUUUACAUCUUGGGGAUGAACAAGAGUGUAAUUCAAUAAUUGUUGAAGUCAAUGCUGGUGUUGGUGGUCAAGAAGCUAUGUUAUUUGCAAAAGAACUUUUUGAAAUGUAUUGUGGUUACACGAAUUUUAAAGGAUGGUCUUAUGAUGUAGUGGAAUAUUCAACAACUGACUUGGGAGGUAUCCGACAUGCAAUAAUCUUUAUUGAUGGAGAAAAUUGUUUUCGUUUCUUUAAGUAUGAAGCGGGAGUCCAUCGAGUACAACGUAUUCCAACCACAGAAAAAGCAGGAAGAGUUCAUACAAGCACAGCUUCAGUAUUGGCCACCCCCCAACCAACUGAUAUUCAAGUAAAUUUACAAAGUAAAGAUUUAAUAAUCGAAACAAAGCGAGCUUCUGGGGCUGGGGGUCAACAUGUGAAUACCACCGAUAGCGCUGUUAGAGUCACUCAUGUUCCUACAGGAAUAUCUAUCGAAUGCCAAGUGGAUCGUUCACAACUAAAAAAUAAAAAUGUGGCUUUACAAAGAUUAAAAGCUAAGUUGUAUGAAAUGGAAUUAGAGAAACAACAAAGCGAUAUUGCUAGCGCCAAAAAAAAUCAAGUGAAAUCGAAUUUUAGAAAUGAAAAGAUCAGAACUUAUAAUUAUCCGCAAGAUAGAAUCACAGAUCAUCGAUUACAAAGCUCAAAUGUACAUAAUUUAAAAUACUUUUUAGAAGGUAAUGAAUUAUUAGAUAAUUUAAUUAAUAAAUUGUAUAUAAAUGAUAAAGUAGAUCAAUUGUUAAAUAGUAUAGACAAUAAAUAAAGAUUUUUAUUAAAAAUG